GGGACUGAAUUCAUCUCCUCUCCCGAGUUGUGUCAACGUUAUUUAGGAGCCACUGAACAUAGCGCGAAGUGUCAUUGGGGAAGUUUCCGUAUCUCACGAUCAGGAAUACGCAACUGGACAUAUUUGCAGAUACAACUACAAAGCCACAGAUGAAAUCCGUUCUACAGCGAUGGGUCCUCGUGGUUGUCUUGGUGGGCGUGUCCUCCUUCGUUAUCGGGGCGUUGAUCGGGGUGUAUGCACCAGCGAGAUCCCCGACAGACGCGAAACUCAGGCGGUUGAUACAAGAAGCAGAUCCUGGCGUCAGCCAGAGACUGAUCAGCGGGGUAGACCCUUCACACAUUGACACACAUCUCAAGGAGUUGACACAGCGUCCACAUCUGGCUGGCAUGCCGGGUAAUUUCCGUACGGCAGAGUACGUCAGGGAUCAGUGGCUCGAACAAGGAUAUGACGUUCAGACGGUGCCGUAUGACGUAUUGCUGUCAUACCCGGAUGACAACCACAACAACACGGCCAGCCUGACUGCAUCAGAUGGAAGGGUGUUGUUCCAGUCAACGCCGAGAGAAAUCGCCUUCUUCGACGAGGAGACACACCCUGAAGCAGUUCAACCAUACAACAGCUUCUCUCCCAGUGGACAACCAGAGGCUGAACUAGUGUAUGUAAACUACGGUCGAGAUGUUGACUUCGAGAACCUCACCCGACAAGGUGUGAAUGUUUCGGGGAAGAUCGUCAUUGCUCGGUAUGGAAAAGUAUUUCGAGGGAAUAAGGUAUACUUCGCUCAUCAAUAUGGCGCCGUUGGAAUCAUCCUCUUCAUGGAUCCGGGUGAUUUUGCCAAGGGAGACAACUUCUAUCCUGAGAGCAUGUGGCUUCCCCCUACAGGGGUUCAAAGGGGGAACAUUGUCCUGAUUAAAGGCGACCAGGCUACACCGGGAUAUCCUGCAAAAUGGUACACGGCACGGCUGAAUGAGCAGGAGCUAAAGAUGAAGCUGCCCCAAAUCCCCUGCCACCCCAUCGGCUACAGCGACGCCUACAUGCUGCUCAGGGAGAUGCAGGGAGAUACAGCUCCAGCAGACUGGCAGGGGGGACUCAACAUCACCUACAGACUUGGCGGGACUAUGAAGGAUGGCAAACGUGUCAGACUGGAUGUGCGGAAUCAUCUCAAGACGGUUACAAUCUACAACGUCCUGGCUACAAUGAAAGGAACACGUGAAAAAGACCGUGUUGUGCUGGUUGGUAAUCACAGAGAUGCAUAUGUGUAUGGUGGAACGGAUCCAUCUUCCGGAACCGCUGCCCUUUUAGAAAUGUCAAGAGUUUACGCUCAGGAAGUGACAAAUGGAUGGAAGCCUCGACGAUCUAUCAUUUUCUGCAGCUGGGACGCGGAGGAAUUUGGUCUAGUUGGGUCGUACGAGUGGGUGGAGGAAAAUGUUAAAUGGCUCCAGAAUCAAGCGGUUGCAUAUAUCAACAUUGACCUUAUUACAAUUGGAAAUUACACAAUAGCCGUGUCAGCUACGCCGACUUUAAAACAAGCGAUUUACAGAGCAGCUAGAAAGGUUCCCGAUGCACACCAGGAAGGAAGGACGUUAUUCGACGUUUGGCGGGAACGCAACCCUGACCCCCUGGACAAGGCUUAUCCUCUUGUCAGGCACCCAGGGGCCGGGUCAGACUUUCUGCCGUUUGAACAGGAUGUCGCCAUUCCGACAACAGACGCCAGCUAUGUAUUCGUGGAUGUUGGCAACAGCAUAUUCCGGGGCCUGUACCCCUUGUACCACACCCUGUACGACGGUUACCGCUUUGUGAAGAUGAUAGAUCCACAACUCAGAGUGUGCCGUACUUUAGCUGCACUGUAUAUCGAGCUCGCACGAGAUCUCGUUGAUUCUCAUUUAUUACCGUUUGAUGUACGAGAUUAUGCAACAGCAAUUGAUGGAUUCGUUAAAAAUCUCUUCGCACGCAAUCAGGAUCAGUUUAGGCAGUGGAGCAUCACAUCAGGUGCCAUCCAGUCUGCGGCGGACAACUUCACGAGGGCGUCACGUGACUUCCACGCGAGUCUGAGGAACCUCGAUAUGACAAACCCUAUAGCUGUCCGUGGUGUCAACGACAAGCUGAUGACGCUGGAGAAGGCGUUUCAAGUCCACACAGGGCUCCCCAGCAGGAAGGAGUACAAGCACGUGUUGCUCUCCCCCAGCAGCGCCAACUACUACAAAACGACGACGUUCCCAGGGUUGGCUGACCUCCUCUACCAGAUCGGGGACAACGCUACACGCUGGCGGGAGGUCAAAAUCCACCUGUCUGUCCUCACCUUUACCAUACAGUCUGCAGCUCACAUAUUGAUGAGUUAGAAUUAAUUUAAUCCAAGUAUACGAUUUACGUUUAUGUUCAGAUUCCAAGCCUAUAGUGCUAGUUAGCUCUCAUCACCAGUGAUAAGUCAGUAUCAUAUAUUUCCUGAAAAUCAUUAACUUCCAAAUCCCUAUCAAAGCUACUGAUCCACCAGAUAUUGAAACUUAAAAUGAUUAUAUAGGCUAUUCGCUGUGUUUUAAUAUUGAUAACAGUUGUGCUGAGAACACAGAUGAACCAUUAAAUCCAGUCACAAUGGAAAACCAUAUAUAUCCUGCUAUGACUUGUCAUUGGGUGUAUCAUUAUACAAAUGUAUACAUUUAACAAGACACAUUUUUAACAUGUGCAUGACUUCCAAGGGGGUUUACAUGUUGAGGUUCUUGUGGUUUUCAAGAGGUUCCAUUCUACGCAUGAUCAUGACAUUGACCCGACACAAUCCUGCCUAACCCUAACCUGAACCCCCGGAUUCUCUUGCAGUAAUACAGCUGUGUGUUUGAGAUGUUUAAUUAAAAUAAAAGCAUAAGUAAAGUAUUCAAUUUGUAUUAAUGCAGGUGUAUAAGGAUAUUUCUUAAUGUUAUACAUGCGGACACAAUCCCUGGAACCUGGUAUGUAGUUGGAAGAGGUAGACAAUGAAAUGCAACAUAAGCUGAAAGUAUUCCCAAAAUGGACGAUAGUUAUUUAUUUGUAAAUUUACAAAUCUUUUUGGAAAUUUCAUGUAGUACAGCGAAAAUAAAGGUCGAUUCUUUGUAA